AUGCCGAUCUGGAUGUCCGGCUCUGCCCUCCUGGUGAUGCCAUUGGCGUCUGCCAUGACAUCCGCGGUCGGUGGCUCUUCGCAGCUAGCCAUCGGCACAUGUCUCUGGACGAAGCUGGUUGGGAGGGAGACACCGAAUGGCUUACGCAGGUCGAUGGCUACCUUGGUCGAGAACCGGGACGUGCUUUUGGUGCCUGCCCUGCAGAGCCUCGUGUGGCUGUCGAAGGGAACCAUGGCGCCUGAUAGCUACACUCGUACUACUACAGGACCAAGCUUGCUUCCUUGGCCAGGGUCGACCACCCCACACGGCCCAAGCCAAGCUAUGGAAUUGAAGGCGCCACGGGGUGGCGUUGUGUGGAGCUGUACCGCGUACGUGUACGGAGGGUGUUUGCACUCAGAGCAGCAGCAUAUGGCCCCCACCCGGUCGACACAGGAUGGCUUGGCAGGGUGUGAUGAAUGUGUUCACAUGCUUCAGCCACAGCGGCGAGGGAGCAUCGCAGCACAGGCAUCAGCGAUGGAUGAGCAAAUGAAGGAUGCUACCUAUGAUUCAGUGCCGAGCAGUGCAGACGUACAUACUGAUCAUCAGCUUGGCAGAUAUUUUCUAGGGCGACAGCAGCAUCAUAUCUCUGUCUCUGAGGUCGAUCAAUGCCGCUCUCUCCAGCGCAAUGACGCCAACGAGGAGACACAUACGAGUAUAGAAGAGCUGCACAUCAUCCAGCAGCUCAUCAAUACCGUUCUCGUAUCUAGAUGGCCAUACGGGACUUCCCGACUUCUAGCCAGGCGGAGUUCUCGAAUUGGCUACGACAUUCCAUGGCCAUGCAGCGGAACAUUAAUAAUGGCGACCGUUGUGCCGGCGCCUCGGGACAGGUCGCAAUGCAACUUCAACCUUUGUUCUUCAAAACUUGCCCGUGGGUUUUGGGCGACUACCGAUCCUGAGUGCCUUGUCAGGAUCCCGUUGGACCCCUGCAGGGGAACCCAACACAAAGCUCGACUUGACCACGGCGCUGCGUCCAAAAUGGUCCGCCUGGAGCCAAUCAGUGAGCGAGCUGGUGAGAUUGCCCAGGAUGUCGGCCCUUGCCUUGCGGUGUCUCACAAUGCUGCCACUGCAUGUGCUCGUAUAUACAUACAUACACACAUACAACAAGUGCAUACGAGGCCGUUUCGAUAUCCUCACAGGCCUUCCGUCUACCCACCCAAUGAGCUGCCGUCACAUGUCCUUCCGAUGGCCAUCAAGAUGCCUCUGCCCGGCGAUCGACAGUGGCGCCGGCUUGCCACCGCGGGCGCUAUCAGAAAAAUUUACACGGUCGCCACAAGUGCGGCUUGUCCCUUGUCCAGCUUGCGUGGCUUUGCAACCACAUGCUUACAAGGCAACAAGCCUUCUCAUCAUCAGCCCAUCAACAGCCCUCAGGACAAGGAACCGUUUGAACCGUUUGAACCAUCGUCGAGCACCCAUCCCGCCUUAGUCAGCCCCUUGGUCGAAGCUCCGUUUGCGCGGCUGACGAAAUUUUACCCUCGUUCCCCCCCAUUGGAGGGCGGAGAACGUCGCCGGGCUGGCGGUGAACUGGGGACUCGUUCUCGUUCGGUCUUCGGUUUUGCCCAUCAAUGCGCGCGUCUGAGACGGAUCUCUGGGCGCCCGGAGGAAUUGCUCCUUGCCUGCCAGGCUUGGACGACGGUGAUUACAUAAGGUCGAGGUCUGGACUGAGACGGCUUCAUCAACGACGGGGAACCGGGUGGAUGGAAUGUGAAAGCGCGAGUCUGGCAGAGCGGAAAGUGGGAUAUCAGCUACGGACCGAGGUCGCUCGUUGGAGGAGCUGUUCGAUUAAGGUUUUUGCCAGGAAGGUGCCUGUGGCUUUGAUUUUGACCUGGCUUCACUGGACGGCCCUUCAGGGGUGGGUCUUUAUGAGUCUGCUCUCUCGAGGCUUAUACGUGGCUAAGGG